CAACCGGACUUUGGGGCUAGCGUUUAGAAAAGUCUCGACCUCCUCCGGCCCAGUCCCAUUCCGAGAACUGACUGAGGCUGUGAGUGUCCAGGAACCACGGCCGCUUGGAGGCCACAGCCUCGACGUCCCGCGCCCACGCGGCAGAGCGGGCUCUGCGGCCCAGGAGCCUCGGGAAAUGCGGAGCAGGAGCAAUUCCGGGGUCCGCUUGGACGGGUACGCGCGGCUGCUGCAGCAAACCAUCCUGUGUUACCAGAAUCCCGUCACGGGGCUGCUGUCAGCCAGCCAUGAGCAGAAGGAUGCCUGGGUGCGGGAUAACAUCUACAGUAUCCUGGCCGUGUGGGGCCUGGGCAUGGCCUACCGCAAGAAUGCAGACCGCGAUGAGGACAAGGCUAAGGCCUACGAGCUGGAGCAGAAUGUGGUGAAGCUGAUGCGAGGUCUUCUCCAGUGCAUGAUGAGACAGGUGGCCAAAGUGGAGAAGUUCAAACACACUCAGAGCACCAAGGACAGCCUGCAUGCCAAGUACAACACUGCCACCUGUGGCACAGUGGUGGGCGAUGACCAGUGGGGCCACCUCCAGGUGGAUGCCACCUCUCUCUUCCUCCUGUUCCUGGCCCAGAUGACUGCCUCAGGCUUACGUAUCAUUUUCACCCUCGACGAGGUGGCCUUCAUACAGAACCUUGUCUUUUACAUAGAAGCUGCAUAUAAAGUCGCUGAUUAUGGAAUGUGGGAGCGUGGAGAUAAGACUAAUCAGGGCAUCCCGGAGUUGAACGCAAGCUCCGUAGGAAUGGCCAAGGCAGCUCUUGAGGCAAUUGAUGAACUGGACCUUUUUGGAGCCCAUGGAGGACGUAAGUCAGUGAUUCAUGUCCUGCCGGAUGAGGUUGAGCACUGCCAGUCAAUUCUGUUCUCCAUGCUGCCAAGAGCAUCAACAUCUAAAGAGAUUGAUGCUGGACUUCUUUCCAUUAUUUCCUUUCCGGCCUUUGCAGUAGAAGAUGUAAACCUUGUGAAUGUGACCAAAAAUGAAAUUAUUUCUAAGCUCCAGGGGCGUUAUGGAUGCUGUCGCUUCCUUCGAGAUGGUUAUAAAACUCCAAGAGAGGACCCUAAUCGACUGCAUUAUGACCCUGCUGAACUCAAGCUCUUUGAAAACAUUGAAUGUGAGUGGCCUGUGUUCUGGACAUAUUUUAUAAUAGAUGGAGUCUUCAAUAGUGAUGCUGUUCAGGUCCAAGAGUACCGAGAGGCCCUAGAGGGAAUACUCAUCAGAGGCAAGAAUGGGAUCCGCCUGGUGCCAGAACUCUACGCUGUCCCGCCUAACAAGGUAGAUGAAGAGUACAAGAACCCUCACACUGUGGACCGAGUUCCUAUGGGGAAGGUGCCUCAUCUGUGGGGCCAAUCUUUGUACAUCCUCAGCUCACUGUUGGCAGAGGGAUUCCUUGCCACUGGUGAAAUCGAUCCCUUAAAUAGAAGAUUUUCCACUUCAGUCAAACCUGAUGUUGUGGUACAAGUUACUGUUUUGGCAGAAAACAAUCACAUUAAGAACUUGUUGAGGAAACACGGGGUGAACGUCCAGAGUAUCGCAGACAUUCAUCCAAUUCGAGUCCAGCCAGGCCGGAUUCUUAGUCACAUAUAUGCCAAGCUUGGACGGAAUAAGAAUAUGAAUUUGAGUGGGCGACCGUAUCGACAUAUUGGUGUCCUUGGAACCUCUAAACUAUAUGUGAUUAGGAACCAAAUCUUUACUUUUACACCCCAGUUCACUGACCAGCAUCACUUCUACCUGGCCCUCGAUAAUGAGAUGAUCGUGGAGAUGCUGAGGAUCGAGCUGGCCUACCUGUGCACCUGCUGGAGGAUGACGGGCAGACCCACGCUCACCUUCCCUAUCAGCCGCACCAUGCUCACAAAUGAUGGUUCAGACAUUCAUUCUGCUGUGCUUUCCACAAUUAGAAAACUAGAGGAUGGGUAUUUUGGAGGAGCCAGAGUAAAAUUGGGGAACCUUUCGGAAUUUCUCACCACAUCGUUCUACACGUAUCUGACUUUCCUGGAUCCAGACUGUGAUGAGAAGUUGUUUGACUAUGACAGCGAAGGGACUUUUAGUCCCGAUAGUGAUUCAGAUUUGGGAGGAUAUCGGGAAGACACCUGUAAUCAAGAAAGCCAAGACGAACUUGACCAGUAUAUCAACCACCUUCUACAGAGCACAUCCUUGAGGUGCUAUCUGCCUCCUCUUCGUAAGAACACAGAAGACCGCCAUGUCUUCAGUGCUAUCCACUCCACGCGGGACAUACUUUCUGUGAUGGCAAAGGCAAAGGGUUUGGAAGUUCCAUUUGUUCCCAUGACUUUGCCGACUAAAGUUCUAAGUGCCCACCGUAAAUCACUGAAUCUUGUCGAUUCUCCUCAGCCACUCCUAGAAAAGGUUCCUGAAAGUGACUUCCAGUGGCCCAGAGAUGACCAUGGUGACGUGGACUGUGAGAAGCUGGUUGAGCAGCUGAAAGAUUGUUCGAACCUACAGGACCAAGCAGACAUUCUGUACAUUCUUUAUGUCAUCAAGGGUCCCAGCUGGGACACAAAUCUCUCUGGACAGCACGGGGUCACCGUUCAAAACCUCCUCAGCGAGCUCUAUGGGAAAGCUGGCUUGAACCAGGAGUGGGGUCUGAUUCGCUACAUCUCAGGCCUGCUCAGGAAGAAAGUGGAGGUCCUGUCUGAGGCCUGCACGGACCUGCUAUCACACCAGAAGCAGCUCACCGUGGGCCUGCCACCCGAGCCCCGGGAGAAGAUCAUCUCUGCGCCCCUUCCGCCAGAGGAGCUCACAAAACUCAUCUACGAGGCCAGCGGGCAGGACAUCAGCAUCGCCGUCCUCACACAGGAGAUUGUGGUUUACCUGGCCAUGUAUGUGAGAGCACAGCCCAGCCUCUUUGUGGAGAUGCUGAGACUCCGGAUUGGACUGAUCAUUCAGGUGAUGGCCACAGAGCUGGCGCGGAGCCUGAACUGCUCAGGAGAAGAGGCUUCUGAAAGUUUAAUGAACCUCAGCCCUUUCGAUAUGAAAAAUCUCCUACACCAUAUUCUAAGUGGGAAAGAGUUUGGUGUUGAAAGAAGCGUGCGCCCUAUCCACUCCUCAACAUCCAGCCCUGCCAUCUCUAUCCACGAGGUGGGCCAUACCGGAGUCACCAAAACCGAGAGGAGUGGCAUUAACAGACUGAGGAGUGAGAUGAAACAGAUGACUAGGCGAUUUAGUGCUGAUGAACAGUUGUUUUCUGUGGGCCAGGCUGCGUCCAGCAGUGCGCAUUCCUCCAAGUCUGCGAGGUCCAGCACCCCAUCCUCACCCACUGGGACAUCAUCCUCAGACUCGGGAGGACAUCACAUCGGCUGGGGGGAGCGGCAGGGCCAGUGGCUGCGCCGGAGAAGGCUGGAUGGGGCCAUCAACAGGGUCCCCGUGGGAUUCUACCAGAAGGUGUGGAAGAUCCUCCAGAAGUGCCACGGUCUCUCCAUCGAUGGUUACGUCCUCCCAUCCUCGACGACCCGAGAGAUGACCCCGCAUGAGAUCAAGUUUGCUGUCCACGUCGAGUCAGUGCUGAACCGCGUGCCCCAGCCCGAGUACCGGCAGCUGUUGGUGGAGGCCAUCAUGGUGCUGACGCUGCUCUCGGACACGGAGAUGACCAGCAUCGGGGGCAUCAUCCACGUGGACCAGAUCGUGCAGAUGGCCAGUCAGCUGUUCUUGCAGGACCAGAUGUCGAUUGGAGCCAUGGACACCCUGGAGAAAGACCAAGCCACGGGAAUCUGCCACUUCUUUUAUGACAGUGCACCGAGUGGGGCUUAUGGGACCAUGACCUACCUAACAAAAGCAGUGGCUUCUCAUCUGCAGGAAUUGUUGCCCAAUUCAGGCUGCCAGAUGCAGUAGGGUCUCGCCUAGAAACAUGACCACACACUGAAUCUGUCACAUGGCCCCUAGCCUUACUGGGAACCUUCUAUCUCCUCCCCCCCAAGAUCCCCUGUGCUAUCAGGAAAGCAUGUCCCAUCAAAAACACUCACGGGGGGACGCCGGCAGCACUCACCCUGUGACUGAUGUCUGUUAAAGCCUCAGAGAUAGAUAGGGCUGAGGAAUCCUCUGCUCCCCCAGCGAGCGCCUGGGAUCAUUUUCUAGGUUCAUUUCGCUGGAACAUUUGUCGCAGCAUCUGGUCUUACGGACUCUGAGGAGGAAUUGGAAAUUGGUCUCUUUUGAGUGCAGAGGGAACUGAGAAGCCAGCUUAAAUUGGCUCUUGCAGAGAGUUACAGAAAUAGUUUCGAUGAGCUAGUGCCACAUCCUAAGAUGCAAAGAUCCUCUGGAGGCAGCAGCCAGACAAGCAGACCUUGACAAGGGCCACCUCUUCACAGGAUGCAGUCAGUCUGUGCACCAAACUCUUCACCAAAUAGAAUGCGUGCGUCUCUGUGGAACUGGGGUUUUCUUGUGCCUUGCUUGCUUUCGUAGCCUUGCGUUGUACUGGCAUGGCUGCCUUCAUGUAGCAUAAUUCUCUAUCCCUAAGACUUAGAAAAUUCCUCUUCAUUCACCUUGGCUCAUGGUCUUAAAGGGUUUUUAUCCUGGCUUCCCAUGAACUGGGGUUUUCUCUUGCCUUAGGAAAAAUCCCGAAUCUUCUGGAAUCUAGGAAAAAAAAGGCUAGACUCAUGUAGCCAGGCAAGCAGUUGUUUCAGGGCUAGGCCUGUGGCCCCUGCUCGUGUAGGGUGAGCGCCCCGCAGAGGAUACUUUCCUCCCAUGCUCUGGGCGAGGCGUCACGGGGUGAGCGCGAGUCAGCAGUGCCGUGGUACUGAGCGGGUGUGUCACUGCGGAAACAAUGCUUCCCUCUGAAAAGCAGAGCCAGCUGGGAACCUGUACCUUCUUGGUAGAAGCAGUUUGGUCUUCACUCUCUGGUGGGUGUGGUCAGAGGCACCAGUUCAAAGGGAGCAAUGUUGAGUCAGGUGCCAGGGUCUGGCAAAUCUUUUGCCAAGGUCCUGGCAAUGGAGUUUCUCUUGAAGCAUUGUCUUACCUUGGGGGAAGGAAACUAAAGCAAUGGGAAAACAGUUUCUGUAAAUAAUAAACCUUGGAAGACAAAUGCU